AUGGAUCACAGCAAAAACUCAACUGCAGAACUUGAAACGCUGGGGUUUGCCUCACAGGUGUUCUUUGUGUCACUGUACUCGUUGACUGCCCUGUGCGCCUUUGCCUCCAAUCUGGUCACCAUUGUGGUGCUGAUCAAGGGCCGCCGAUGCACCCGCGAUCUGCGCAAGUUUCUCAUCAACCUCUCCGUGGCCGACCUGUUAAUGUCCUUCACGACCAUUCCCUUCACCUACACCAACUACAUGUUUGGUCGGUGGAUUUUCUGGCCCAUCAUGUGCCCCAUCGUGAACAUGGCCCAGCUGACCACCAUCACCGUCAGUGUCUUUACUUUGGUGGCCAUUGCCAUUGAUCGGUACUUUGCCAUCAUGCACCCGCUGCAGCGGUCCAUCUCCUGGUUCAAGGCGCACCGGGCGCUGAUAGUGCUUGUCAUCUGGGUCUUCGGCAUCACCAUCGGCCUGACGCAGGUCUGGGUGAGCAAGACGGGCAGCUUCGUCUUCAAGACGGGCGUCACCUACAACACCUGCGGCGAGCGGUGGCUGCCCGAGUCGAUGGAGGGGCAGAUCUACACCGGCUUCAUCUUCACCGUCACCUUCGCCCUGCCGAUGGCCAUCCUCAGCGUGGUCUACUCGGCAAUGGGCUGCCGCCUGUUGCGCUACCGCAUGCCCGGACAGCUGCUCAGUCAGUCCACCUGCUACGGCGGCAGUGGCAACAGUCUUCGCUCGCCGGAACAGAGUGACCUCUUUGCAGAGGGCGGUGGCGGUGGUGGUGGUGGUGGUGGGCACACGGCCAAUGCCCAUCAUCACAGCGCCACUACCAAAAACAGCAGCCUACGAAAGAGCGUCAGCAGCAAGUUGUGCACUAAGAGUGAUAAGAGCCGCCUCUUACUGGUGGUGCCCAAUAGCGGUGAGGGUGCGGAGCUUAAUCAGCAGCAGCACAAUAACGAGCAGCAACCAAAAUCACAAACCAAAAAGCGCCCGGAAAGACAGUCAACCGAGAACAUAGCUGCUGCCCAUCCACUGACUAAUACGUACGAUAAUGAUGUUAAGGAAAACUACAGUGGUAAAACUAUUGAUGGAGAGAAGUGUCACAUGGGUGACGCACAAACACCACCCAAAGAAGCGUCUUCACCACCAAAGAUUAAUGAGCCAAUGGGGAGAAACGGCAGUAGAGGAAAAGAGAAGCAAUUCGCCAAGUCAACCACCGCCGUCUCAAACGGGCACUGUCUGGGCAAAGCCAAGUGCACCACUGCUUCUGUAAACUAUCGAUUUGUGGCGCAGACCGGUGGAAACACUGCCUCCGCCGCCGAAGUACUGCUGCCAUCGUCUUCGGGUAAUUUCGCCACCGUCAAGCGCAAGGCUUCCUCGGGUGGCAGCUCAAACAGCAGCAGUAUCAAGGCUGCUCACCAGCACAACCAGCACCACCAGCACUCCCAUCACCCUCAUCAUCAACAGAAUCACCAGCACAACCAUUACUCGCACAAGAUCAUCAACAUUAGACGCAACAAG